AUGUCUAAACUAGCAUUAAAGGGAUCAUCGAAAAUAGUGAGCGACUACUUUGAGUUCUCGAUAAACACAAUCCUCUUUCAACGAGGAAUAUACCCUGCUGAGGACUUUGUCACUGUCCGCAAAUACGAUUUACUCAUGUUGGUCACCAAUGACGACGAUGUCAAGGCCUACAUCGACACCAUCAUGAAACAGAUCAAGAAAUGGAUCUACGGAAAGCGAUUGCUCCGGUUCGUGCUUGCCAUAAUCAGCAAGUCGACCUACGAGACUAUCGAACGCUGGGAAUUCAAUCUUGAUAUAAUAUCCCAAGAUGCCGACAAUUCCUCCGAUAAACCUCAGGAGGAAAUCCAGAAAGAGAUUAGAGCAAUCAUUAGACAGAUUACAUCGCUGGUUUCGUAUUUGCCUGUAUUAAAAGAGGACGACGACUAUACAUUUAAUGUGUUGGUAUAUACUGAUCCGACAACUACGGUUCCUAUAGAAUGGUGUGACACACAAGGGGAUGGGAAAGAACUUGAAGGAGACAAUGUCGAGUCGGUGAAAUUUGCCUCGUUUAACACUAAUUUGCAUGAAAUAGGUACUGCAGUUAGUUACAAGUUAGAUUAG